CGGCUAAGUUCGUACAGUUUAGGAAGUACUCCAUUUUAGUAAUGUGGGUACAAGUGUAAUUCGGCCACAUUUUAUUAUUAACCGAUCAUUUUAAACGUUAAGAGCACGAAUAAAGCGUUUAUCAUUUAGAAUGUGUGAUUUUCCAGUGGACCUUCUAGUGAAACAAACGGUCAGAAGCGUGAUCUUCGAUCCCGCUACGAUGGGAACACUAUCAUCGAAAAUGCAACAUUUUCAUGCGAACGCCAACGGGCCGGCUUUUAGAGCUUUACCAUCGGAAACGGCAUUUUAUAAUGUCCUAAAGUGUCCCGAAACGGUUAAGUAUUUGAGUGAACAUCCCAGUGAUUACAUCCACAAGAUUUUUGAGAAUGAUGUUUAUAAACAAAGUUUAGCUUUAGCUAAAACUGAUAACGAAUUAAAAGAGAUUAAAAAUCAAAUAUUAUACAAAUUCAUCAAAGAGUUGAAAGAAUGUAGAACAGAAUCAGCUGUUGAAUGGGCAGCUUUUCAACAUUACAUGCUUUAUGUGUAUCGAAAAUUUAUUACAUCAAAUCCAACUAGUUGUAAAGAACCCAUUCCUUCAGUGUUAAUGAAAAAAUUUUAUGAACAUUCAAUGAGCUUAUCACAUGAAGAUAAAUUACAAUUUUUUAUACGACUAGUUAUGUUGUUACGGGAAUAUGUAACAGUAGCGAGGGAAAACUAUGAGAAUUUAAACACUAAAGGAGACUCAUUAAUGUAUAUUCAAUCUUUGUUAAACUAUUACAACUCCUUCUGUUCUGCAGCAACUAGAAUAAUGUCUUUAUUUGUACAUUUCGACGAAUUUUUAAUUCAACAUUUCGAUAUGAGAUGGUUUCGUUUACAUCAAAAGCUAUUUUUUAAAUACUUUUAUGCAGCUAAGUCUGUUAAAGCAAAAAUAGCUUUUGUAAAUGAGCAAAAUGAAAUAAAUGUUCCUGAAAAUCUUAUAAUUGGGUUUCGAAAUUUUGUGCAAGAUAUGGUAAUGACAGAUCGUAUUUGGGAGAGACAGUUAAAAAAAUAUAAAAAUAAUACAAACGGAAUGAUUGAUGAAAAACUUGAGAAGGAAAUAAGAAGAAUAAUGAAAACAAAUUUUUGGAUUAGUCGUACACUUAAUAAUUACAAUAAAGAUCAUAAUAGUCAACAAUGUCCAGAGUUAGUCCCCUUUUUCCCUGUGGUUAUGGACGAUACAAAAAACCUCGCGGAUCGUUUAAUACGUACAGAUGGUGUUUGCAUAUGCGAAGACUGUAUGUUUGCGAAGUUUGAUCACAACGUCAUGAAUAAUAUGACCCAAAACGACAGUGAUCACAUCGUUUUAUGUUAUUUAUGUAACGAAUCGGUUUAUUUGGACAACUUAGGGACACAUCUCAUUCAAGAAUUUGAAGAAAUCGAACGAAUAGAAACAAAUAAAAUGUUCAAAUUACAAACCGGUUCACCAUCAAUGAAAAAAUCGUUAAUAAAAAAACCGUCAUCGAAAUUAUGCAAAAUUCUUUCAGACACAGUAGUUAAAAAAGAUACAAAUUUAUUUAAGAUAAAUGAAGAUUGUUUUAGUUUAAAAAGUGAAAAUAGUUUGCUGAAAGAACCGAUUUCGAAGCGAUUACUUGAAUGCCCUGUUAGAGGAGAGUCAGAGUCGAUAGUUAGAUUGGCAAACGAUUACGGAAAAUGCGCGAAAACAUCAUCACCCGAUCGCCUAUUGCUCAAACAUAAAGUAGAGAAAGAAUCCAUUAAAAUCGGCACCCCAUUUAAUGAAAACGGCGCGAAAACUGUUAUUAAAAGCACGUUGGAGAAAAAGAGCGACGAGAAAAACGGGAUUAAAGAUAAAGAUGGUUAUAACUUGAAAUUUAACGUCAAUAAUUUACCUCAAAGAAAUUUCCUGGGAAAUUCUAAUAAGUCGUCUUCGUUAAAUUCAACAAGCAAUAAAUUGAGUAAUGAUGGUUGUGUUGGUCACGCGUGUGGACAUAAAUGUAAAAAAGAGGAUUCAACAGCAAAUGGGGACACAACGGAUUCAACGAGAGAUAAAAAGUGUGAUUGCGCCUAUUGCGAAGUUUUCGGAACGAAUGUUCCAACUCACGCCCAUAAAACCAGCGAAACGCGAGAUCGCCUUCGAAAUCGUUUAACACGGCGAAAAGAACGAAUAAACGAAGUGUUAAAGAACAAAUCCUCAUCAAUUCCAACAAGCUCCCAAGCCGCUUCAACGAACGGGAAGUUGGAAUCGGGCGGGAAAUCAACAUCAUCGUCAUCAUCAUCGCUAGUGCCUAAUAAAUCGAACGAAUCAAUUCCACAACCAGUUCUAAAACAAGAAAUUGAAGGGAAAAAUAUCGAAAAAUCAAUGAAGGAUAAAGAUAAAAAUGAUGAUGAUUUAGAUCGAAUUUUAGAUUUUAUUCAAGGCAAGCCAGUCGAUAAAGUAGCGCUGGCGGAGAAAAAAGCGGCGAAAAAAGCCCGGCAAAAGCAGAAAAAAGAAGAGGAAAGGUUAAAACGGGAAACGGAGGAGGAACAAAAAAGGUUGGAAGAGCAGAGGAGGUUAGAAAUGAAACGGAAAGAAGAGGAAAAAUUAAAAGCGUUGGCAACAAAACAACAAAAUUCAAACCACUCGAAGAAAAAUAAAAAAAAUAAUAAAAAUAGUAAAAACAAAAUUGACGAACAAAAGCAUCAAAAACAACAAAUAAAGCAAGAAUUAAUGGAAGAAACGAUACCUGCGAUGGUUACAAUAAAGCGCGUCGUUGAGAAUAAUAGUUCAUUACCAACCGUUACUAUUACAUUAAAAGGAUCAACACCAGAUCAAGAUAAGUUGUUGUAUACUUUAGUAAAUGGCCAUGCUAGCGAUUACUCAAAUGGGAAAGGUGAUAAGAAAAAAGAUAAAAAGAAACAAGAGCAACUUAAAAGCGAUAAAAUGAAAAAUGAAAAAAUUAAAAUUGAAACUCAACCGAAAAGUAAAAACAAAAAAAAUAAAAACAAUAACAACAUCGGAAAAUCCGAAUCAAACAACAUAAUUAACGGAAACAUCACAACAAAAGAAUUAAAAGUUACUUUAACGGUGGAUAAAAGUUUCCAUAAGGGUAAAGAAAUAAUUGAAAAUAAUAUCAAUAAUACAAAUAACGGGAGUAAUUCAAAAAAGAAUAAAAACGCUAAAGAAAUGAAAAAAGAAUCGAUAAAAACAAACAUAUCUCAAAUAAAAGCGGAAAAUCCCGUUGAAAUUGAUAUUCCAUCAUUAAAACUUCCACCGGGGAUUACAAUAACUAAAGUAUCGGGUCCUUUAACGAAUAAAAAUAACUCAAAUUCUUCAUCGUCAUCCUCAACAUCAUCAACAAAUUCCUACCAAAAUGUUCCUGUUAAUAAAUCGGGUGUAAUCGUUGUUGACACAGAAAAAUUAAUCCAACAAUCUUCCACAUCAAAUCCAAGCAAAAAAAGUAAAAAAAAGAAAAAGAAAAACAUCGCAGAAGAAAAUAAAUUAAAAACGGGUGAUGCUAAAGGUAAUAUGGUUACGUUACGUAACCCAAUUUUUCAUACGUUACAAACAAAAUUAGUCGAUAAAGUUGAUCCAAUUAUUUCGUGUAACGAACAAGCGUCAAUAACAAAGGGGGAAAAUGGUAUGGUUACAAUUAGAAGACCAAAUUAUAUGAGUCCGAUUGAUUAUGGGAAAGAAACUCCAAUUUCCGAAUAUUUAGGCAAAUUAAAACCGGUUAUGAAUUACGAAUUACCACCAAAUAAAAAAGAUAUCGAUUUAAAGAAGAAUCCAACCAUCGAUUGUAACGGAAUUAAAAGUGAAAAUAGAUCAAGAUUAAGUACACACGAUAUUUUAUGGGGAUUACCCGGAAUUGAAAUAACUAAAGUGAAUAAAAACGCGGUUAAUAAUGAUGAUAGUAAAAAAAAUUCUUGUCAUCAAGCUGCGGAUGUAUCAAUUAUUCCAACAAGUUCAAACAAUAACGGUGAAAAAUUUAAUUUAGAUAGAGACGACUGGCCUUUUGAAAGCGUUUUUGCGCCAAAAGAUAUUCUCGAAGAUGAUUUAGACGCGGACGAAAGAGAGUUGGAAGCGUUUAAACGUUUUUGUCAACAAUCGAUUCCACCGAAACACAAGGAAAAAGUCGCUCAUUUAAACGUUAAGGAUAUUGUGCUUAAAAAAAAGAAUGAUGUCACGUACUCUUAAAGAAAAUUAUUUUAAAACAAUAAAUAAAGCGCGUGUACAUAAAACAAUUUUCACUUGGUAGGAAAUCCGAAUCGAAAGCGUUCUUUUUUUAGAUAAUAUUUAUUUUUGUUGUAAAAUUUUUUUUGUCCCCGAAAACGUCGUAGGUCAAAACAUUUGGCAGCUUCACGUUUUAACUUGCCAUUUUGAUGCAAAAUUAUUUUUUUGUGAGGAAGCUGUCAGUCGACGUGUGACCAGCAAUAUUUCGUUUUUCACUGCAUAAAAUAAAAAGAAUGUGUAUUGUAAAACGUUUGUAAACCUUUUUUUAGAUAGUACACGAAAGUGAAUAUGUAAAAA